CCAUUCUUUCCCUUUCUCCCUUCUCAUAAGUUGCAAAAUUUAAGGUAAGAGAGAGAAAAAAUAAAAAUCAUAUUUAAUAGCCUUUACGUGGGCUUGUCAGUAAAGAGAAGAGAAUUUAUACUUCCACCUUCCUAUGAAAUUUCCCAUUUAACAUUAUUCCAAAACCUCUCUUCAUUUUUCUUCUAAAUCUCAGUUCCCUUUAUUUUUUCAAGAAUGAGGGAUUUUGCUUCUUGUUUUAGUGAAUAUACAGUACAAGUAGUAUCUGAAACUACUUCUUGUUCUAGUUAUUCAAACACUUCUUGUUUUCCUCCAUCUUUAAUCCCUUCAACACAAAACAGUGUUACUUGUUUGUACAAAGUUAUUUUGUCCAAUCAAAAACAUGUUUUGAUCACUAUUACAUGGUCCAAAACAAAUACUAUAACACAAGGUUUAAGCAUACAUUUUGGUGAUGAUCCUUCAAAUUCAUUCAAACUCAACGCCAAUUCGCGUCUUUUUAGGAAGAAAAAGGGAAGUAGAGCACUGGAAUUUGGUAAUUCUAAGGCUGAAAUUUUAUGGGAUUUAUGUGAAGCUAAGUACAUGUCUGGUCCUGAACCAAUUAGUGGGUACUAUGUUUUGGUCAUAGUUGAUUCAGAAAUUGGUCUAAUUCUUGGAAAUAUGGCUGAAGAAGCUUCAUUUAAGAAAUUCAAGAAUGGUUUUCCUAUGGCCAAAUUUACUCUAAUUUCAAGACAAGAAUAUUUUUCAGGGAACACCCUUUAUUCAACAAAGGCUCAAUUUUGUGACAAGGGUUCAACACAUGAUAUUUUGAUAAGUUGUAGUGGUGAAAAUGAGGGGAAAGAUAAUCAUCCAGUUUUAUCAGUUUCUAUUGAUAAAAAAAUGGUGAUUAGGGUAAAGAGGCUGCAAUGGAAUUUUAGAGGAAAUCAAAGUAUAUUUUUGGAUGGUUUGCUUGUAGAUCUUAUGUGGGAUGUACAUGAUUGGUUCUUUAAUCCAGCUUCUGCUUCUGCUGUUUUCAUGUUUAGGACAAGAAGUGGAUUAGAGAGUAGAUUGUGGUUAGAAGAUAAAGACAAAUUGAAGCACAAGAAUCAAGAUAAAGUUGAAUUCUCAUUGAUGAUCUAUGCAUUUUAUCAAAGUGGAUGUGCAGAUAAAAAGGAAGAAAAAAGAGAAAAAGGCAUCUUAUGACUAUAGUAUAAGAUUUGAAUGUAAGUUGGGAAUGUUAUCAGCUUUAGGAAGACAAGUAGGGUUUUAGAAUCUUUCGAUAAUGAUCUUUCUCCAAAAUAUUUUCAGUUGUAUUUUCUUGGUAAAUUACAAAAUUAUCUU